ACAGUUCAAGGAAUAAGGGGAAAUCAGUCUCACAUGCAGAACAAGAAAGGGCUAAUGUUCGGAGGAAAGAGGGGCCGUUUUCAAGUGGUAAUGUGAGUUCUGCAAAUCCGAAGGAAUGGAAUGAUGCUAAAGGAAAACAUUUUUCUAGGAGCCGGGCAGAUAUGCGAAAAAAUGUGGAGAACGGAACUUCUGCAAAUAGGACUAGCAAUGUCCUGAGGCAGAAUAAUCAGAAGCAGAACUGCAUAUCUGGUAGAGACUACUCGACAUCAAAUGCUUCAAACCAGGACCAGCAAGGUAGAAAGGUUAGGUCCCUAAAUGGUACAGUGGGGCUGAAUAAGACUAUAAAGAAGGUGACUGUGAACUCCGAAUGUCAGUUCAGGAACACGGGCUCCUCGGCAACUGUUUCUUCAAAGGAGCUUCCCAUGUCUAGAAGAAAGAAUUUGCCUAGAAAGAAACAUGUAAAUGAGGAUCUUCUGUCCGGAAAAACAGUUUCUGAAAAUUCGUCAAUGAAUGGUGUUGAAAGGUCUAUAAAAUGUAAUGUUACAACCGAAGGGCAACCGAAUCAGGAUGCAGAGAAAAUGAAGACAAGCAUGGAUGUUGUUUCGUUUACAUUUACAUCCCCCAUUAAAAGAUGCAUGCCCGAUGUACCUUCCACAAGUGAAGUUGUGGAACCGAGCUGUAGCGUUGAUUAUGAUCCUUCGGGUGACAAUGAUGCACUGUUCUCAAAAAGCUCAGGAUUUUCUUCUCUUGGACUUAACACAAUUGAUGGGGAUGCUCUGAGUGUUUUUUUAGCGAAUCAGCUUCAUGAAUUGACAUAUAGAGUUGAGUCAUCCAAUUGCAAUAUCAUUUUAGAGGAGACUUCGUGCAGUCCCAAAUCCAGUCAGCAAAAUUCAGUGUUCCCGUCUAGUACAGUGGCCACUACAUCAAUGGGACAUCACAAAAGGUUUCCGGUGGAUCUAGUGAAAGACAUAUCACUAAGUUUCGACGACUUCAAUUGCCCUUCAAUCGACAAUCCAGAGCUUGAUCGGAGUAGGAAGUGGCAGCCUUCAGAAGAAAUCGAAGAUCGAAAUGCUAGCAGCACCAGCAGCGAGAUUGGCAUAGAAUUAGAUCUUCCAUGGCCUAGCCCGCUUUCAACACUUGAACUUGCUGUCACGAGUGAGUGUUUCGCUGAUGGUAGAGAUGGUACCAGUGGCACGACGUGUUUCGCUCCCGAUGACAAAGUAUUAAGCUCAUCACCUGGAAUCGAGUCUUCCCAGACCGUGGGAGAAACGAAUGAAAAGCUUCUAACUACGACAUCCGAUUCAACAUAUUUUAAAGAGUCAUCCAAUUCCGAAUUUGAUUAUGUUAAAAUGAUGCUAAAAGACUCCGAGCUAAAGUUCAUAGAAUAUGCAUUGGGUCAGACCAAUAAUAUCAUGAUCCCGAAUGCCUUCGAUCAGCUCCAGCAUUGGAACGGAACAGAAAGACGCGGAGAAGACCACAACAAGCUCGAACUAAAGCUUUUACUCGAUUGUGUGAGCGAAUCCCUGGAGCUAAGGUACGACCAAGUUUUUGUCGGAAGCUGCAAAGGAUUGGCUAAGUGGGGAACAUUGAUCCAAAAUAAAGAAUGUCUAGCAGAAGAGGUGUACAAAGAGAUAUUGGGUUGGAGAAACAUGGCGGACAUAUUGGUGGUGGAUGACCUUGUAGGCAAGAACAUGAACGCAAAGCAUGAGAGAUGGCUUGAUUUCGACAUGGAAGCAUUGGAAGAAGGUUUAGAGGUUGAGAACACAAUAUUAACUUGUCUAGUUGAUGAAUUAGUUUUUGAUUUAUUGCUUUAAAGGCUCUCCUAUAACCAUUUUCCCUAGUAAUUCACUGUCCAGCCAAGCAUAUAUAUAUAUAUAUAUAUAUAU